AUGUACACUCUGCUUGACGUAGAUGAUCGAGCUUCACUCCUGAAUACAACAAAAACAGCUCUUGCUACUGCAUAUGUGUUCUUCUUUAUCAUCAGCUCUCUUAUUGUGCUUCCUUUUAUUGAACCAACUGCUCUAAUAAUUUGCGAUAAGCUACCCAUAAAUUUCUCAUAUUUCACACUUCAAUCCUACAGUCCUGCUGAUCUGAUCUCGUUUUUGUAUGCAAAACAUGGUGAAGCAUACGAUGAGAAUGUGGGCACAGCAGAAUCCAUGAUUGCUUUGCCAAGAGAAAAGAUUGUAUAUUUACUAAUGGCAAUGGUGGCAUUAUAUCUUAUUGCUGGUACGGCAGCUGAACUGGUCUGCAAUUUUAUCGGAUUUGCCUACCCGGCUUAUGCCAGUGUAAAAGUAAGAGUGCAGUAA